AUGGACUCAACCGAUCGCUCGAACCGUGGUGAGCUCAAUGGGCCGCAAAUGGUCGUUCAACAAUAUGCGCGAUAUCCUCCGACCUUGGAAUCGACGUUGCAGAGUGCUUCCUCUUUAGGAAGUGCUCGUAGCCAAAUAGAUAUCAACAAAUCACCUCCCUUACGGCGAAGAGAAACGCCCAGGAGCUUACAGUCUUCCCCACGGGGCAUGCGUUCUGCUAUACUCCCAUCAUCGGCCAAUCGCUCUGGGACAUCCAUGUCUCCCCCAGUUUUUGAUCCUCAUCGCCAUCAGCCGAUGAAAGAUCCUGCUGAUCACGCAGAUUCCCGAGUUCUUCCCCCACGGGAAAUCACUGACGAGACGAUCGAUGAUGCCUAUGUAUCAUUUAUAUUACCUUUCGGUGUCUCCCCACGGAGUGAUGGAAAAAGCUUCAACAUUUUUACCCUGUUCGGGCUCAUUCGAAGACGGCUGCAGAAUGAAGAGUUAAAGACAUGGAUUCAACUAGCAAUUGAAUUGGGUGUCGAACCACCCUGCAUUGAAAAGAAGCAAAGCACUCAGAAGGUGCAACAGUACACUGUUCGGCUCAAACGUUGGAUGCGUGCUAUGCAUAUUGAUGCUUUCUUUGAAUAUUGCAUGGGCCUGCCCCAUUCUUACUAUACACAGCUUCCGCCAUCUGGUCCUUUCGUCAGCGAAUCCCGCGAUGGUGUAUUAUUGGAAGAAGAUCUCGCACUUAGGGCACUUGUGCCACAAUGGAAGCCAAAGCGGGGAAGAAAAAGGGUUGAGGAUAGGUACAGCGAGGAAGACAAAACAAUCAAGCGGCCCCAGUUGGAUACAUCUGUGGGCGCCCUACAGCAGAGUAGUUUUCAGUCCCACUCUGUGACAUUCCCGCAAAGUGCGAUUCCGUUCAGUGCAUUCCCCGAUGAUAUGGAGCCAAAUGACCCAUGGAUAGCGGCGACCUCGUUCCCGAAUGGUUCGGGGCCAGAUCAGCAAAGUCAAGAUAUACGCUGGAGACUUCCUGACCGGGAUGCCUCUCCUGCUAAUUAUCCACAGUCUGCUGUCAUUCCCCGCAGUCAUCUAUCAUCAGAUGUCCUCAUGUCUGCGGAACCACGGUCGGCAGUCACUCCGUCAACCGGUGAAAAGAGCCGUUCUAGGAGACGACAUGGCCCUGCUGUUUCAUCUGCUUGGCCGAACAGCAACGGCUUGUCAGCAGGGAAAGGCCGAGGAAGACCACCAAAUAAAGGGUCAUCCUCGGGUUCCUUUUCUACUUUCCAGGUCAAUCCUAGUCGGGAAUCAUCACAAGUACCCAAUCCUAAUACCCAGGCUUCUUCACUUGCCCUUGACAGAAAUCCGCCCCAAAUAUUCCAGACCCCAUCUCACAAUCAGCCUCCAUCUAUCUCUCAGGGAAGGCCCAACAAACUACAAUUGCAGGUUCCUCAACAUUCAGGGGCGCCGGUUCGACUUGCCACUCCACCAAGACUAGUAGUUAAUGGUGUUAAUGGUGCUGUCAUUCCUGGGUCUGAAGGACCCAAUGGUUCCCGACAAUAUCCCACCACAGAUAUUCCAAAGAAUGGUAUCACUACUCAGCCAUCUUCCUCCGGCGAACAAAGCAAUGCAACCACUGCCCCGAAUCCCUCCAUCGAUGACAUUGUCCAUGCACUUUCUGCAGAGCUACUUCGUGCUAGGCUGACAGGGCGAACAGCGACCCUGUCCCCCAACGAGGCGGGUGCUCUGGCCUCAGCGAUGGUGAUCAAUUUGUCUUCAUUAUAUUCACGGUUUCAACUUGGCACUCCUUCGCUGUUACUGGCCUUUCAUCUUGGCGUUGGUCAUCAUUUCGGAUUCGCAAGCAGUACUCCAGGGUCACUGGUCAUCAGGGUUGAACGUGCCAUCCCACGCAGUGAUGGAAACAGGGGUGCGCCUGCCUCCCAAGAACCAUUCAAUGGGGCUCAGUAUAUCAUCUCCCAUGAGUACGAAACUUCAGGCCAAUUUUCUAUGCAAAUCACGCUCGCAAAUGUCAGUCCUAGUAUAGGAGGGACCGGUGCCUCUGAUCACGCAAACGCGAUUAUGGGUCCGAGUCAUGAGAAUAUUGACAGCAAUAAGACGGCGGACCUGGAUUUUGACGAUGACGAUCCCAGCCAGUCUGUUUCCGAGGCAACAUGGAAGCAGCGUUACACAAGGCUCCGUGCACAAAUGCAGAAAAAGGACCAGGCUUUGUCGCAAUACAAGCGAAAGAUCGUGGAAUCUGUCAUGGCAGAUAUAUGA